CGCGGGUCACAUGGUCGCGGCUGCCCUCCCCGUCAGCCGCCCUCGCCGCCGCGGUGCGCUGGCUGCAGGAAGCUGCCGCGCCGCUGCUUUUGUUGUCAGGGACCCCGCGAGGAGCGCCGCUCGCCGGCCGCCGCCACCCUCUCUCGCUGCAGCCUGCUGUGCGCUGCACGGCCUGGGGCCCGGGUGCCCCGCCCGCUCUGCCCAUGAGGGGGCCCCGCGACCACCGCUGCUUCCAGCCCGGGGUGGCGCGGCGCUGAGGCGGCGGCGGCGGCGCUGCCCCCUCUGCGGGAAGCGGGUGGCCCCGGCCGCCUCCGCGAGGGCACCAUGGAGGUGAAUGCGGGAGGUGUGAUUGCCUAUAUCAGUUCUUCCAGCUCAGCCUCAAGCCCUGCCUCUUGUCACAGUGAGGGUUCUGAGAAUAGUUUCCAGUCCUCCUCCUCUUCUGUUCCAUCUUCUCCAAAUAGCUCUAAUUCUGAUACCAAUGGUAAUCCCAAGAAUGGUGAUCUCUCCAAUAUUGAAGGCAUCUUGAAGAAUGAUCGAAUAGAUUGUUCUAUGAAAACAAGCAAAUCGAGUGCACCUGGGAUGACAAAAAGUCAUAGUGGUGUGACAAAAUUUAGUGGCAUGGUUCUACUGUGUAAAGUCUGUGGGGAUGUGGCAUCAGGAUUCCACUAUGGAGUUCAUGCUUGCGAAGGCUGUAAGGGUUUCUUUCGGAGAAGUAUUCAACAAAACAUCCAGUACAAGAAGUGCCUGAAGAAUGAAAACUGUUCUAUAAUGAGAAUGAAUAGGAACAGAUGUCAGCAAUGUCGCUUCAAAAAGUGUCUGUCUGUUGGAAUGUCAAGAGAUGCUGUUCGGUUUGGUCGUAUUCCUAAGCGUGAAAAACAGAGGAUGCUAAUUGAAAUGCAAAGUGCAAUGAAGACCAUGAUGAACAGCCAGUUCAGUGGUCACUUGCAAAAUGACACAUUAGUAGAACAUCAUGAACAGACAGCCUUGCCAGCCCAGGAACAGCUGCGACCCAAGCCCCAACUGGAGCAAGAAAACAUCAAAAGCUCUUCUCCUCCAUCUUCUGAUUUUGCAAAGGAAGAAGUGAUUGGCAUGGUGACCAGAGCUCACAAGGAUACCUUUAUGUAUAAUCAAGAGCAGCAAGAAAACUCAGCUGAGAGCAUGCAGCCCCAGAGAGGAGAACGGAUUCCCAAGAACAUGGAGCAAUAUAAUUUAAAUCAUGAUCAUUGCGGCAAUGGGCUUAGCAGCCAUUUUCCCUGUAGUGAGAGCCAGCAGCAUCUCAAUGGACAGUUCAAAGGGAGGAACAUAAUGCAUUACCCAAAUGGUCAUGCCAUUUGUAUUGCAAAUGGACAUUGUAUGAACUUUUCCAAUGCUUAUACUCAAAGAGUAUGUGAUAGAGUUCCGAUAGAUGGAUUUUCUCAGAAUGAGAACAAGAAUAGUUACCUGUGCAACACUGGAGGAAGAAUGCAUCUGGUUUGUCCAAUGAGUAAGUCUCCAUAUGUGGAUCCUCAUAAAUCAGGACAUGAAAUCUGGGAAGAAUUUUCGAUGAGCUUCACUCCAGCAGUGAAAGAAGUGGUGGAAUUUGCAAAGCGUAUUCCUGGGUUCAGAGAUCUCUCUCAGCAUGACCAGGUCAACCUUUUAAAGGCUGGGACUUUUGAGGUUUUAAUGGUACGGUUUGCAUCAUUAUUUGAUGCAAAGGAACGUACUGUCACCUUUUUAAGUGGAAAGAAAUAUAGUGUGGAUGAUUUACACUCAAUGGGAGCAGGGGAUCUGCUAAACUCUAUGUUUGAAUUUAGUGAGAAGCUAAAUGCCCUCCAACUUAGUGAUGAAGAGAUGAGUUUGUUUACAGCUGUUGUCCUGGUAUCUGCAGAUCGAUCUGGAAUAGAAAACGUCAACUCUGUGGAGGCUUUGCAGGAAACUCUCAUUCGUGCACUAAGGACCUUAAUAAUGAAAAACCAUCCAAAUGAGGCCUCUAUUUUUACAAAACUGCUUCUAAAGUUGCCAGAUCUUCGAUCUUUAAACAACAUGCACUCUGAGGAGCUCUUGGCCUUUAAAGUUCACCCUUAAGGCCUUUGUUUAUUUAAACAUGAACUGAUGGUAACUGUACAUUUUGUGCUAAAAUGCAUAUUUAUAUGUGUAUACCAUAUGUGGAGAUAGAAAAGACCUUUAAGACAAUAGAAGAUUGUAGGCUAUCUCUGUAGUCAUGCAAUAGCUGUUCGGAUUGAGAACUCUUCAGCCAUGAUUAGACGUUGACCGCAUCUCCCUGAUAGACCAAUCGGCUGUGUCGCACUUAAACUGGAGAAGUUACACUGAAGUAUAAUCACACUGAAUGUUAGACUUUUUCAUCUGCCAAAACCAAAAACCAUUUUGAUCUCCCUGUGGUAUCAAUAUAACGCACAAUCACAAGUGUAUGAGGACUUAGAAAUUAAUCCUUUGUGGUAGGAGUUCUGUUGAAUGAUGGAAAUCUUAUUACUACCACAAGACUAUUUGAUCUGGUAAUUGGAGACUUCGGGAUUUAGGAGAUCUCCAUGUCUGUAUUUACUCUACCACUGCUAAAGUGUGUGGUCCUGGGUAGUUUACUUGCUUGUGGAAAAUGAGAAUUGAUAGCGUCCCCAAUGCCCCACCUCACAGAGUUACUAAAAAAUGUCUGUAAAGCAUAUUUACCUCUUGGGAGAUAGGCACUAUGUAAAUAAGGUAAAAUUUUUGUUAUUAUAAUUAUUCAUAAUAAUAUUCUUUUCUUAUUUCUAAGCCUUUCUGGGAAAUCAUUUCAGUCCACACCAACCAUAUUAUUCAGGGUUCCUGCCAUAUGUGUGGGGUAUCCUACUGAUACACACGUAUUCAAAGUUUAUGGGUACAACAAAGACAUAGUACAUGUACAUAAUAUGUAUGUGAAUAUAGUUAAACAUAAAUAUAUUUCUUCACAAUAUUUUAAACUGUGAAGAACUUUAUCUUACAGGAAACUUAAAACAAGAGGUGUCAAAAGACCCAAAUUAGGUGCAUUUUACUUGUUUAUGAUGGCAUAACCAUUGCUUUAAAAUGUUUAGACAGUAGAAUAUUGAAUUUAUGCUCUAUUUUUGUUUAUUUAAGCAACACUUAAUGUAAAAGUGCAACAGGCAAUUGAAUCCAAAUUUCAACGACAAAAAAAAAACAUGUAUUUUAGAGUUCAUCUUUGGCAAAAUCUUUGGUUCAGGGUACUAGUUGUUUAAAAGUUGAUUCAUAUUCUUACCUUGUGCUGAAAAAGGUUGCAUUGCUGCCCCUUAUACACAUGCUGCAGCUUGAUGUUAAAGAAUUUUUAUUCUUUCUGAAGAACUAAUUAAUGUUUAAAGCAACUGUUUAAUAUGAUGGCAUGUGUGUGUGUGCGUGCGUGUGUGUAUGUUCUGAGUCCACUUCUUUUUUCCUAAAUAACACUACAGGGAUUUUGUCAUAUUAGAUUUAAUUUAUAAUUUGAAAAAUCAUCUAGUGUGUGACCUACAGGCUUAGAAAUGGUAUAGUCAAAGACAUUUUAUCCACAUUUCUAAUAGUGGACUUGAUUAAAUAGAUAAGAUCAGCAUAUGUUUAUGGUAGUAGGAGAAAUAGCCAAAGCUGAGGAUUUUAUGUAUGUUUUCCUGUUUCCCUGGAAAAUAGCAAUUAAUUGGAUUUUUUGGUAAAGAUUGCCUUCUGUAUAAUGUUUGGAUUAUAUAAAAUUGCAAAAAUGAUAAGAGCCCGCUUUAUUGUACUAAGCCUGUUACUUUCAUGACGUGUGAGCAGAAUGCCUUAUUUUGUAAUCUUGUUUAACUUGUUGCUACUGGGACUUGAUUUACUGUGGCACUAGUUAAGUAAGUUAAAAAAAGUUAAACCCUCUCAUUAUUAAAGAGGAAAGGCGAUGGUGAUGUCUGUAAUACAAUAUAAACCAUAAUUGUGAUUUACCUUAAGUAGGUAUAACUCUUAUGGGAUAUACAGUAUAGUUUUUGUGAAUCUUUACAUGAUAGCAUUAUCUUUUUAUAAUUUUUUUUCCUAAGAUAAAGAAAUGCAUAGUUUUCUUCUAUGGGUGAUAGAAACAGCUUUUUGAAGUAAUGAACACCUCAAAAGAUCAUGUUGAUUCUUAAUUUUUGCCUUUUGCAUCAGCCUCUUUAUAACAUGUAUCUUUAAAACAAUUAAGUCUUUAGGAAUGUGUAACCAGAACUAUGUUAGGAUUGCUUAUAAAACUUUAGUUAGGUUCAAUAUAUACAUAUAUACAUCUCUAUAUAGGUAUAUAGAUUUGCAUUUUGUCUUGUAAAAUUUUAUUUGAAUAAAUUCUUCCUGUAGGUAGUGGGAAACAAAAUUAAUAGUUCAUAUGUCACUCAUAGCAUUUCUAUAUUUGAAAGUAGCCCAAUAUAAAACUUUUGAUUCUAAAAUUAAACCAGCAGCCUAUUACAAGCACAUUCUUUGAUUGAGUCAUUGGUUAUAAACUUACUAAAUGCAGAGAAAGCAGCCAAUUUAGGAAACUUCUGAGUUGGUGGGACACUGUUGAUUAAUAAUGUACUGUAUGAAUUAAGUGAUGCUUUAACUUUGAUUUUACAUUUUAAAGUUAAAAUGUGGGCAUUAUGUCAGCAAACUUAAGGGCAUUAUGUCAGCAAGCUAAAACAUUUUUUUUUCUGUGCUUUUAAUGUAUCUCUUUACAUGAUCUGAGAGAGGAUUCAAGUUGAUAGAAAUAGCUGAGGGGAAAAGGGGGAACAUCUUGGGAUGAAGCUUGUCCUUAUGGUGAUGGUUUAAUUACAGAUUAAAAAAUUAGAAGGAAAUUUCAGUGGAUUAAGUGUAUAGCUUUCAUAUCUACAUUUCAAGAAAUUACCACUGUAACUUGAUAAGAGAUGAUUUAUUUUAUGUAAACAUCUUUGCAAAGCAAGGUGUAGCAGCUCAGCUAGAUUUAUUACUGUGCACGAAAGUAAGUACCUAUCUCAAUUAUUCUUUUUCUUUUCCAAUAUAAAGUUUGCUGAAUGUACAAGAAGAGUUUAUCACUUAGGAUAUAGAAUUUUUUUAGGGGUUGGGGGGAGGGGAUCUGUUAGGAAACUGUUACCUAUAAACAAAGAUUGACUGGAUUCGAUCCAAAAGAUAAAACUUGAAGCUAUUCUGGAACUAACAUGGAAAAAUGAAAUGGCUAUUGUUUAAAAAAAGGAUAGAAAUACAUUGUUGAUGGGAUAUGAGUUAAGUUUAUUUUCUACAAACUGUAAUUGAUGAGGACAUGGAUAAUAUCUUCAUGUUUCUGAGAAGUAAUCUGUAUGUGGGGGGAGGGGAUAAUAAAUAUUUCUAACCAA